GCUCUUGAUCAAUAAUAAGGGGAGUGUAGAUGUAAUGAUGGGUAUGGAGGUUGGAUGCGAAGAUACCCUAAAGCAACUAAAGGGACUACUGAAGGAAAGUGGCAAUGACCCCUAGAAACCAUGCACUUCUACAUCAAGAAUCAAUUUCAAUCAUCCUUGCCGUUCUCGUUUCCUUCCUCACACCUAAAGCCACUGAGACAAGCCCCAUCUUCAACACAGGUCACCCAACUCCCCUUUCCACGCACGUCCUAUCUGAUGGCCACCUUAUACCCAUCUAUUUCCUCCGAGUUCUAAGUACCCUAUCGCCAAGCACCUCCCUCAUAUACUUCUCCUCCCUCAAAAAAUGUGCGGUAGUCCCCCCUGUCUUUUCCCCGGAUCUUCGGCGGAGCGGAAAUUCAUCCCUUCCUUUAGCCCAGCAAACCCAAUCUAUCUAAUCUCCAAAAAUCUCUUUAAAUGGACCCCAAGCUUCCAAGCGUAUCCCAUCUCCCCGCAGGCUUUGACUCAUUUGGGACGUGGCCCGGGGUUUCUCCGCGAUGUGGGACAGCCUUGUGGGGCUUUUGCUAAGGGAUUGAUGGGGAGGAGGGGAAG